UCAAAUUGUCCUGCUUGUACUAUUAUAUUCUUCUCAUAUAUAUUGUAUAUAGAUAUAUAGUAGUGACAAAUUAACUCAAUAUAAUCUAUGGCGGAUCAUGUCAAACGGCGACAAAUUUCAGAAAGUGUGGAAGGUUCACUUAGACGACAUGGACAAACAGUUGUCAACCACUUGAUGGAAACUGGGGAAAAGGCAUUUAGAGAACGACAAUACGAUUUAGCUAAUGCUUAUGUGACGGUGGCUCUCUCACUUCAACCAGUUAAUUUAGAUAUACUUAUGCGAAGGGUGUUAAUUCUGGAAAAACUAGCAAUGUACAAGGAAGCUUACGAUGAAGCACAACAUAUGAUCAAUUUAGCACCCAACGAUGCUCGUGGUUAUCUUCGGGCUGGUCGUGUAUUAUUGGCUCAAGACAAGGCUUCCGACGCUUAUUCUUUGUUUCAAGCAUCCAUGAACAAGGUACAUUCAACUGAUUCAAGAUAUCAACUUUUAGAGGUCUAUCGAAAACGUUGUUCACCACAAACCAAAACUUUUGUUAGUCGUUUACCUUAUGAAGUCUCUCGGUCUAUCUUUCGAAUGCUUCCUUUAGCUUCUUUGGUUCAAUGUACAAGGGUAUCCAAGGCUUGGCGUCAUUUUACUAUUCAUUGUCCUGAUUUAUGGCGUGUCAUCGAUCUUAGAGACUAUCCUUCUCGAAAACGACUUCCUCGAAAUGCAUUAGCCCAAUGUAUCAAUCGUGCUUUUGAUCCUCAUGCAACAAAAUCAAAUGGUGUUCGUGAACUUUGGGUUGGAAACAAGAUGACAAUGUAUGACGUGGUGGAUUUAUUGGUGGCCAAAGAUUGUAAACAUUUGAAUGUUUUAUAUAUGUCUGAUAGUGAUCUUACAAAUAGAAUAUGGACCCGGAUGAUGAUCAAGAAUGUUUGUACCAAUAUUGCCCAUCUUUUUCUCUCCCAUACCGAUAUAUCAAUAGUGGAUGUCAUGAUCUCUGCUGCUUCUCUACCAAAUUUGACUCAACUCGUAUUAGAUGGCUGUUCUUUUGGAUAUGCAUUUAGCAAGAAUAUCAAAAGAUUUGAUCUCUCUGGAGCUGAAAACAUUGCACCAUCACAAUAUUUGACCUCAACUCUUCCAGUCAUACCAUUUCCAAAAUUACAAAUUCUGGGUUUAUCUUCCAUACAUGAUAUGUCUAUCUUUGCUCUUGUAUGGUUACUUUGUCGAUGUCCUACACUGACCAUGCUUCGAACAAUGCAUACUGGAUUGACUCUGACUCGUAUUAUGGUUGCCGUUGCUCGAUACUGUCCUUUAUUGACCUAUCUUGAAUAUAGUCCUGUUCGAUCAUACCCACCUAUUGCGUUUGAACCCAAUCAAUUACCACUGAUGGCCAACAUGCGUACCUUACGAAUUCAUACUGAACAAGAUGAUGAUGUUUUACAUACAAUUUUUAGUCAAUGCUACGAAACACUACAACAACUCUCAACAACUCUCAAUGAUGAAAAUUUGCUGUAUUUGGCACAGUUAGGACCCAUCCGAUUGGAAAGUUUAGAAAUUCCGAUCAGCCCUGGUGUGACAGAAGAUGGAUUAUGUACUCUAUUGAAGGUUGCCCCGAAUCUCACUUUACUUGAUGUGUCGUACAAUGUUGAUGCAGUGACUGAUCGUGUGAUGGAUUUGCUCUCGACUAUGAAAAGACUAAAGACUCUUCGAAUGUUCAAUUGUGUACAAGUCUCAGAUAAAGCUUUACUAGAAUGUGCUCGCAACAGUACUUCACUACGCACUUUUGGAAUCUAUCAAUGUCAAUUUACUCGAUCAACCAUUUAUACUUUUGUUGCUGAUGUUUUAUCAGAAGGUAUCAUUGAAUGCCCUCAAGACUACAUCGUCAAACGUAAACGCCAUCCUCGAUCAUCCGACCAAGAAAUGGAACUCAACACUUUGGUGGACAGUAUUUGUAGUACAAUGCAACUGGAUAUGGAGAUGGAAGAAGCGCAACAACAGCAGGAUCAAGAACAAUCACAAGAGUCAACAAACCUUUUAGAAGAAGAAGAAGAUAGAAAUAAUAAUAACAACACUAUGAUGGUUGAAUCGACAACUGUAGCGAUUGAUGAAACAAAAAGUUUGGAUUCUUCUUCUAAUGUAUUGAUCAAGCAAUGUUCUUCAUCUGUGGUGGAAGAUGAUUCUCCUUCAUUACCUUGGGAACUUGAACAUAUCCUACGAAAUGAUGAUCUAUGGUCCAUUUAUAUAUAAAUAAGAAAGGAUAAUGGAAUUUUUUUUUAUGUAUAUUUAUGCUACUACUUAUGUAUUUUAUGUUUCUUUUAUAUCUACUUUAUACCUUUUAUGCUGUAUCAUUCUCUUUUAUCAAUUAAAAACCAAUUCAUGCAUUUUAA